AUGUGUGGAUUACACGGACCACCCCACCCUACCAUCCCUCAGUCGCCCCCAUCCCUCCUACACCUCCCCUCCUCCUGUGUGUUUUCCCUAACUUGCUACCCGCAGCGGGAGAGUAUUGGAGCUGACACACGAACUGGAGAGAAGGCUGGUGCAGGUGAUGUCAUCAACAGUUUGAAUGUUGGUGAUUUGACUGUAGGUGGUGUGACUGUAGCUGUUCGUCUGGCAAUCCACAUGCCCACACACUCCCGUGCUUCACGAUCCAGCCAGCAAGGGGACGACGGUGCUGCUGCUGCUGCUGCGGCUGCAGCUGGUGCCGCUGGUGCUGUUGGUGGUGGUGGUGGUGGUGGUGGCAAUAAUGGUGCAGAUAGUGACGGAUUUGCUGGUAGUGAGGCUGCUGAUAUGGAGUACGGUUCGGUUGUGGAGUAUGGGCUCAUGGUGCUCGUGCUGCAUGGGGACGAGAAGAGGCAGUGGCAGCCGCACGAGGUGGAGAUGGUGGAAGCAGUGGCAGACCAAGUGGCCAUCGCGCUCUCACAUGCUGCAGCGCUGGAGGAGUCGCAGCGGCGCAGGGAGGAGAUGGCGGAGCAGAAUGCGGCGAUGCAGGUGGCACGGGUGCGAGCAGAGGAGGCGAUUCAAGCCAGGAACGACUUCCUGUCCGUCAUGAAUCAUGAGCGCAGGGAGGAGAUGGCGGAGCAGAAUGCGGCGCUGCAGGUGGCGCGGAUUAGAGCAGAGGAGGCGAUUCAAGCCAGAAACGACUUCCUGUCCGUCAUGAAUCAUGAGAUGAGGAGCCCUCUGCACACCAUCCUCGCGCUCUCCUCCCUCAUGGAGGAGGACGACCUAACAGAUGAGCAAGGGCCCAUGGUGGCCACUCUCACUCGCAGUGCUUCCAUGCUCACAUCCCUCAUCUCCGACGUCAUUGGGGUGGCCCAACGGCAAGAGAUCAAUCUCGUGCUGGAGCACCGUCCGUUCGAUCUAAGGCGAAUGCUGCACGACGCGGCGUCCCUGGCAUGGCCCAUGAUGCGAGCCAAGGGACUGAGCUUCUCAGUGGUGAUUGCGAGGGAGGUGCCUCGGCACGUGGUAAAGAGGGAGGAGUGCCGAGUGAUGCCGAGUGGUGCUGUGUGGUGCAGCAGCAGGGAGGUGCCUCAGCACGUGGUGGGGGAUGAGCGGCGAUUGCUGCGCAUGGUGCUGCAUAUUAUCAGGCAUGCCAUCGACUCCACCGAUGAGUCACAGUCACAGACGCAGGAGGGUAGGAGUCCAGGCAUGCUCUCACAUCCUUUCCACCCCGCUCCUCCCUCUCUCUUCCCCACUUCCCUGACCUCCUCUAUCCCCUCCUCUCCCCUUCUCCCCUCCCCACUCCUAACAGAUCUCACAUCAGGACCAUAUCUCCCGUCAGGACCAUGUACGAGUGCGAAUCACAGUCACAGACUCAGGAGGGGAGGAGUCAAGCAGGCCCUACUCCACCGCUUUGAGGAAGCAAGGGAGCGGGAGCAGCUGCUAAAGGGGCAGGCUAUAGAGGGGAUGAAGGCACUGGGGCAGGAUCCAUCAAACGUGGGCAUAGGCUGUUUCUAUCUGGGCCGGAGGAGGGUUGGGUGGGGUGCACACACCACAGGGUCAGUCGGACGUCCAGCAACGAGAGCUCCUACAGCCGAGCCUCACACACCCAGCCUCCUGCACAGAUUGCCCCACCCUCUUUCGCCCGACCCUCUGGCUUCCCACCCCCUGGCAUCCCACCCCAUGGUUUCCCACCCUCUCACUCGUCCUCUGCCCGACACAACAAGCCGUCUCAGAGACACCACGUCUAGGGAUACUGUUCCCUCGGCACAGUCCCACCUCCCCCAGUCUGACCCAGGCGACGCUUCAGCUGCAGCAGCUGUGGAAGUUUCUGCUGCAUUAGCAGCUAUUGAAGCACCUCAAAGAUCGGCAGCAGAGGAUUUGAGGGAGGCGGAGGCAGCAGAGGCGGAGAGGGAGCGGCUGGCGAGGAUAAGCGAGCAGUUCGUCGCUCCCUCCUGCGCCAUCUGUCAGAAGCUACUCCUGCUCAUGGACGGGCAUUACUGGAACGCCACCAGCCUGCUGAUCCCGGCGCUGCUACUGCGUUUUCCGUGCGGUUACUGUCUUGUGGAAGACAACGUGGCCAAUCGCAUCGCGACACAUCAGCUGCUCCUGUCGCUGCACUGCCACGUCACCCUAGCCGCCAGCACACAGGAGUGCCUGUCAAUUCUCUCGGGCAGCAGGAAGAGCCCGUCAGCCUCCCCCAUUGCAGACAUUGUUCUUCUGGAUAUCUGCAUGCCCGAUGUCGAUGGGCUUGAAGCAGCCCGCUGCAUACACAAGAUGUUCCGUCGUGCGGGGAUUCAGGUGCAGAAGAAGAAGGAGGAGGAGGCGAAGCGGGAGAAGGAGCUGAACGAGCUGUUCAGAGUGGCCAUCACGCAGCCCAAGGUCCCGCCAGGCGUGGACCCCAAGUCCAUUGUCUGCGAGUUCUUCCGCCACGGGCAGUGCAGCAAGGGCUUUAAGUGCAAGUUCUCGCACGAUCUGAGCGUGGAGCGCAAGGGCGAGAAGAUCGACCUGUACAGCGACCAGCGGGAUGAGGAAGGUAAGGGGGAAGCUGGGUUGGGGGACGAGAGGGGAGGCGGUGGGGGGUUGGGGGGGAGUGUGGGGAAGAGAGAAAGAGAGUGUGACCAGGCGAAGCUGUGGCAGGUGGUGGCGUUUAAGAGCUUUCUCUGUCUCUCUUGGCUCAUGCACAUCUCUGUGCCGUGUGCCCCUGUGCCUCUGCACGCCGCUGCCUGUGUGAGCGUGCGAGCAGACAGGAUGGAGGACUGGGAUCAUGUGAAGCUGGAGCAGGUGGUGGCGUCUAAGAGAUCCCCCUACAAGAUGGAGGACUGGGACCAGGCGAAGCUCGAGCAGGUGGUGGCGUCUAAGGGCGCGGAGUACAAGAACGCCAACAAGCCCACCGAGAUUGUACGUCAGCUGGGAGUGGUGGAGAGUGGUAGAGAUGGAGAGAGAUGGGUGUGCAAGCAUUUCUUGGAGGCUGUGGAGAAGAAGCAGUACGGGUGGUUCUGGGUGUGCCCCAACGGGGGCAAGGACUGCAUGUACCGCCACGUGCUCACUCCCUCAUCCUCACCCCUCCAUAUUCUCUGCAUUCUCCCCAUUGUCUCUCCCCUCCCACCUACACCCCCCUGCUUCCCCCCCUCUCCCCCCCUCUCUCCUCUCAUUCCUCCGAUCCCCCCCUCUCCUCCCAUGCAGGUGUGCAAGCAUUUCUUGGAAGCUGAGGAGAAGAAGCAGUAUGGGUGGUUUUGGGUGUGCAAGCACUUCCUAGAGGCUGUGGAGAAGAAGCAGUACGGGUGGUUCUGGGUGUGCCCCAACGGGGGCAAGGACUGCAUGUACCGCCACGCGCUGCCGCCCGGCUACGUGCUCAAGUCACAGAUGAAGGCUCUUCUGGAGGAGGAGCAGGCGAACAAGCUGACCGUUGAGGAGAUGAUUGAAAACGAGCGCAAGAUGACAGCGAGUCACACGCUGCUGACGACCGAGAUCUUUAUGGAGUGGAAGCGGAAGCAGAAGAAGCAGAUCGUUUCAAACUCAACCCCUCUUCACAUCCUCCCGCUCUCUUUGAAUAUUUACGCUCCUCUCUCCCUCCUCCAUCUCGCCUGUGCAGCGCAAGAUGACAGCGAGUCACACACAGCUGACGAAAGAGACCUUCAUGGAGUGGAAGCGCAAGAAGCAGACCGUGUGCAAACUAGACCCCUCGUCACAUCUUCCUUCUCUCUCCCUCCCUCUCCCCCGUUUGCAGCGCAAGAUGACAGCAAGCCACACGCAGCUGACGACCGAGAUCUUCAUGAGUGGAAGCGGAAGAAGCAGGAGGUGAAGGACGCUGAGCAGGCAGCCAAGAAGGCCGCACGCGCCAAGGAGGACAGAAUGAGUGGUCGCGAGCAGUUUCUGUCCGAUGCCUCCCUCUUCGUGGACGACGAUGCCGCAUGCGAUGCCUACGAGAGAGUGGAGGAGGCUGCGCAGCUCCCCCUGCUGCUUGUGCAGGCGUCAGAACCUCUCAUUCGUCCCCUGUCUCUCCCUUCCUUUCCUCCCUUGUGCAGUGGUCGCGAGCUGUUUCUGUCCGAUGCCUCGCUCUUUGUCGACGACGACGCCGCAUGCGACGCAUAUGAGCGAGUGGAGGAGGAGGAAGGGGCCGCAGCUCCCCCUGUUGCCACUCCAGGGGAAUCCAGCAGCGGUGGGGGAGGUGCUGGGCCUAGCUCAUCUGGAGCAGCAGGAGGGCUUGCUCUCACGGAGGAAGAUGAGAUGCUAUUGGCUGAGGAUGAUGAUGAGCUGGCACCGGAGGAGCUGGAGGAGCUGGAAGCUGAGCUGGCAAAGACAUCAAUCUCUUGA